GCCAUCUCAGUACAGAGAAGAGACUCAGCUGCCCCAGGCAGGAGAGGCUAGAAAUUCCUUCCAGCCUUGGAUCUAUGAGUCUCUCUGGCAGUGGUAAUUUUUCCCCUGCUCAGCUUCUCCACUUUAAGGCUUGGAAGCCUUUAACAUCUUUGUAUUUAUUUAUUCAUCCUCAGGAUCCCUCCAGAGUUUUGCUGUACCUUCUGAUUGGGCCAUCCCCCUUCAUUUGCAAGUGGCAUUGUGUCAUGUACCCGCUGGGGGCAGGGCAAUAGGGCCACUGGCAGAAGCAGGAAACACCAGCUUCUUAGAAAGAGUACCACCAAAGGCAAGACAAGGUUGUGAGGAAGACUGGGGAAGGUCUGUAAUGUGAUUGGUCUCCACUCGUUUGCAAAGGGAGCCCUGGAGGAAAUUCAGAAUAGGAGGAGGUGGAAUAAUUCUUACUGAAGGCUGGAAGUAUGAGUUCAGCUAUCCUGAAGGUGGAGGCUCUAGAUGCUGACCGUUUGGUCCGGAUUCUUUGGGAUGAUGGAGAAGAGUCUCUCUACCCCGCUGUCUGGCUGAGAGACAACUGCCAGUGCUCUUGUUGCUACCUGGAUUCUGCAAAAGCUCGGAAGCUCCUCAUCGAAGCCCUAGAUGUUAAUACAUGGGUCAAGCACUUGUCUUUGAUGAACCAAAGAAAGGUACAUAUCAUGUGGCCUGAUGAGCACGUUAGUGAUUUUGAAGCAGACUGGCUAAAGAAAAGGUGUUUUUCCCAAAAAUCCAGAGCAAAACUCCAAAAAGAAUUGUUUUUACCAGAAUGUCAGUAUUGGGGCUCAAAUCUCCAACUUCCUACUCUGGAUUUUGAAGAUGUUUUAACGAGUGACGAACAUACCUAUAACUGGCUGUCCGCUCUUAAGAAAAUCGGCAUAGUGCGGCUAACUGGAGCAGCUGCGCAAAGAGGAGAAGUUGCUAAACUUGGCAAGAAGAUUGGCUUCUUGUAUCUCACAUUUUAUGGGCAUACUUGGCAAGUACAAGACAAAAUCGAUGCGAAUAACGUGGCUUACACAACUGGAAAGCUAAGUUUUCACACAGAUUAUCCGGCACUACAUCAUCCACCUGGGGUUCAAUUUCUUCAUUGCAUAAAACAAACAGCCACUGGUGGGGAAAGUGAAAUCGUAGAUGGAUUUAACGUGUGCCGACAGCUCAAGGAACAAAAUCCUAAGGCAUUCCAGAUCCUCUCAUCAACCUUUGUGGAUUUUACAGAUAUUGGAGUUGACUUUUGUGACUUCUCAGUACAAUCCAAGCAUAAAAUUAUAGAAGUAGACAAUAAAGGUCAAGUGAAUCGCAUCAAUUUCAAUAACUCAACCAGAGAUACCAUAUUUGACAUCCCUGUUGAAAAAGUACAGCCAUUCUAUGCUGCCUUGAAAGAGUUUGUGGACCUGAUGAACCACAAAGAAAACAAGUUUAUCUUCAAGAUGCAUCCAGGUGACGUAAUUACAUUUGAUAACUGGCGCUUACUUCACGGCAGACGGAGUUAUGAAGCAGGAACAGAAAUAUCUCGCCAUCUUGAAGGUGGUUAUGCAGACUGGGACGUGGUUAUGUCAAGGCUUCGUAUAUUAAAGAAAGUUGUCAAAAAUGGAAAUUGAAUAUCUUAGCAGUACUUUUGGCAUUAGAAGAACUAAGGAUAGGUUUUGGUAAGAUACAAAGUACUCAAUCUCCACUUUCCACAAUCAGUAGUGUUAUAUAGAUGGCCAUGUCAUGUAGACAUUAUCUUUUAUAUUAACAAUGCAGCCAGAUUCACAAGAUUACAUUUUCCUUUAUUUUUGUAAAUGUUAUGGCAACAAUAUUGGAUCCAGAAAAGAGAUGAGGAAAUACAUCUCUCUCCUUUCCUUGAAAAUGUGGGGACUUGUAGGUAGAGAAUGUUAUAUAUGCCAUCAGGCAGGGUUGCAGUGUCAAUUGGUUUUGCUCUUCUAUUUUUCUUUUGCAUAAAGGGAAGCUCAAUAAGUUGGAAGCAGGAGGGGGGUAUAUCCAGAAAUGACUGUGAUAUAAAAACUAAAGUUACUAAUAAAAAGUUUUUAAGUAUUAUAGCAGCACCUGA